UCUGUGUGACUUUGGUUGUUUGAGGAACAACCAUUGGUUCGUGAUGCAUCACGCCAACAGAUGCAGGCUAUAAAAGAGGCACCGGUUUCACAUCCUCUCCAACCACUGGGACACCCUCAGCUUCCGCAGAAGAAGAGACGGCGAGAUGAAGGUUCUGCUGCUCAGUGCUGUCCUUGGUCUGCUUUAUGCAGGCCACGGUGAAGCUCAGCUACUUCUCAAACCGUUUUCAGGGAAAUGGAAAACCCAUUACAUCGCAGCCAGUAACAAAGACAAGAUCACUGAGGGUGGGCCAUUCCACGUGUACGUACGUCAUGUUGAGUUUCAUGCAAAUAACACAGUUGACAUCGACUUUUAUGUCAAGUCAGACGGAGAAUGUGUAAAAAAACAAGUCACAGGAGUAAAGCAAAAAUUUUUCGUUUAUCAAGUUGAAUAUGCGGGUCAAAACGAAGGUAGAAUUCUUCAUCUGUCACGUAACGCUAUAAUAGUAUCUAUUCACAAUGUGGAUGAAGAAGGAAAAGAGACAGUCUUUGUUGCAAUAAUCGGCAAACGUGACCGGAUUUCAUACCUAGACAAUUGGAAGUUCAAAAAGGAGACAGAGGACAGAGGGAUUCCAGAAGAAAAUAUCGUGAAUUUCUCUGAUAAUGAUGACUGUCCAAAGGAGUGAAUAAAAUUUACUUCCACACUUUUUAGUCACUGAGACCAGUCACAUCCUCUUCUGCAUGGAAUCAAGAUCAACAACACAAAGAUGACUUUCCUGCUUCCUGAUUAACAGGAUCCUUCUCUCUUCACAUACACACUCUCUUUCCCGUCUCAUUACUCCUGGUCACUGGUUAUGUGCUGUCUGAUGGUAUUUGAUUUCUGAAGGCUUAAAUAAAUUGAUUUAAUACCUGCCCUGCAAA